AUGCCUCCCAGUACUGCCAACACAGACACCUCCUCCCCCAGCACCACACCCCCCCUUUUCCCCGCCGAAGUCGAACACGUCAUCUACGACAACUUUCUCUCUUUCGACCCCUCUUGCACUCUCACCCGCACGCUCACCCUCGCCAAAUUGUCGAAAUCGCACUAUGAGUUGUUCAUCCCUCGCCUAUACCAGCGCAUCGUAGUAUCAGACAAGACCAUCGAGAGGGGCUUGUUCGAGGGUCUUUCUGCGCGGCCAGCUGGUGGAACAGAGGUCGUGCGAGCGGAAGGCGGGCCUCUGGGCAGCAAGCGGGACCUACUCGAGCACUGUGAAUCGCUGGUCUUCGUCACCUUGGCCGCCAGAGACGCUACCGCCGAAGUCGUAGAGCUAUGGAACGGCGUGAUGACGGCCGAGCGCUACGAGGCAGGUGGCCUACCCGACACCCCUGGCAUCUUCAACAACGUCGCGCAUAUAGCCUUCGAGUCCGACUGUCUGGAGCAGUACGCAAUAGGCAAGCUGGAUCUGCUGUUUCGUCAGCAGGCUCCUGCGAUAAAACGACAUCCCUGGCCUCUCAAAAAAUUGUCCCAUAUCUGUUUUCGACUGCCUUAUCCAUCCCUCCCGUCCGAAUACGAACAAUACCUUGAGUCACUCUACCACCUUGCCUCGUACUUUGCUCCGGGGGUACAUGACACGGUCGGCAAUGUGACACGUUUUCAAAACCAUGAUAUGUCUGAGGACAGCAUUUCGAGCAUCAACUAUGUCAAUUGGGGGGAGACGAUGAUUGUCGAUAUGCUGCCUCUAGAGCAUUCAGAGGAUAGUGGUGGUGUGGAAGGGUACGGCCGUCACGUGGAACUGAUAAAUACGUACUGUAAGAAAUCCUUCUGGAUCUGGGGGCAAUUCGGAAAGAAAUGCCCCGAAGAUCUCCCGAAAGCCUUGAUCCUCACCAAUUUCGGCACAACCGUCUCCCGUGACGGCAAUUUCCACUAUAUCUCUUCCAACAAACAAAAGGCGAUUCUUCAAAAAGCUCAAAAAGAUAUCAGAACACGCCUACAGUCGGUUGCCGCAUCCGAAAACUUAGAUACUGGAGUGGUGGAUAAGAUUUUCAUACGAGGUCACGAGGAGUGCGAGUUCUGCGGGGACGUUUGUCCUAAGGAGUACGAAUAUUGGGAUUGGUAG